AUGCCUAGUCCAAGUGGCGUCAAGCGCGAUGCUAACCAUCUGUCGACCCCAGCGGCCGAUGCGAAGAGACCCAAGGCCAAUGGCAGCAUCACAUCGUUCUUCGGGGCCCCCAAGCCCAAACCGGGCGCCGUGCGUCCCUCUACCACGUCUUCAAGCUUCAACAAGGAGAAAUGGGUGGCCACGUUGACGCCCGAGCAGAAGGAACUCCUUCAACUGGAAAUCGACACCAUGGACGAGAGCUGGCUGGCCCAGCUCAAGGAGGAGAUCGUGAAGCCGGAGUUCCUAGCCCUGAAGCGCUUCCUGCAGAAAGAAAAGCAGGCCGGCGUGAAGGUCUUCCCUCCCGAGAACGAUAUCUACUCCUGGUCGCGACAUACCCCCCUCCACACGGUCAAGGUUGUCAUUGUCGGUCAAGACCCUUACCAUAACCACAACCAGGCCCAUGGUCUGGCCUUCUCCGUCCGCCCUCCCACGCCCGCGCCCCCUUCCCUCGUCAACAUCUUCACCGGCAUCCAGAACGACUACCCGUCCUUCCAACGCCCGCCCAACAAAGGUGGCCUCCUGACCCCCUGGGCCGAGCGCGGCGUCUUGAUGCUCAACACUUGCCUGACGGUUCGCGCCCACCAGGCCGCCAGCCAUUCGAAUAAAGGCUGGGAGCGCUUGACCCAAAAGGCGCUGGAGGUUGUCGCGCGCGUGCGUUCCCGGGGCGUCGUUUUUCUGGCCUGGGGCUCGCCCGCGGCAAAGCGCGUGGCUGAUGUCAACCGAGAAAGGCACUGCGUGCUGCAAUCGGUUCAUCCUAGCCCUUUGAGUGCGCACAGAGGAUUUUUCAACAACGGACAUUUCAAAAAGUGCAACGAGUGGCUCGCUGCCCGGUACGGUCCUGACGAAGUCAUUGACUGGAGCUUGACGUCGAAGCCGAUAACCGCUAGCCCCCUGGCCCCGAUCCAGCCGUCCUCGGCGGAUAAUGCGUCGAAACCUUCUCCCGCAAAGCCGGCGGAGUCUGCUCCAGGAGAAGAGGAUAACGCUGUGAAGAGCACCAAUUCAGCCCCGGCUGAUGAAUUCGAUGAUGCUGACGCUCUCGAAGCCUUAGCAGCUGCAGAGGGGACGGAUUGA